AAAACGUGCCAUCAGACGCUGUUUGUCCAUCUAAUGCGGCAACAAGAUUAAGCAGGCUGUUAAAAAAUAAGGUUGAAUUCUCCUAUACUUAGAAGAUAUGAAAUUCCUGCCAUUUCACCGAUGUUUUUCCUGUUAUUCAACUCAACCAGAUAAAUACAAGAGAGGAUAAAAUUUAUACGUUUCUUGAUAGAUAUCAAAUCGGGGGAAGCAUUACAAACAACAAAACCAUGAAGGAACUUCUCAAGAAAAGUCUCUGGAGAGGAAUUCUUCUAUAUGUCUACGUGUUCCUUGGGGGCUGUUUAUUUUACUAUAUUGAAAGAAAGCCUGAAAGAAACCAAGAAUUGUCUUCAAGGCUAUUGAGGGAGCUUCAGCGUGGAUUCGCAGUUAAGUACAACAUCUCAAUUAACGAAAGUCAUUUUCGACGCUUCGCGCAGAAAGCGUUUGAUGCCGUUCAUGUGGGAACUAAACCGGAUUGGGGUAUUUUCACUGGUAUGACUUUCACAAUAACAACUUUGACAACAAUUGGAUAUGGCCAUAUUACUCCAGAAACGUCACUCGGUCAAUUACUCACUAUACUUUACUGUCUUUUUGGGCUUCCUAUAUCACUGCUCACCUUGAAAACGUUUGGAGAGAUAGUCUCAAGGAUUGUUCACAGAAUCGUAUGCGUAAUAGAGAAAAGAGUGCUUUGCAGAGAGAGACCCACAAACAUAAAAUUGAAAAGUUUUUUCUUGACGUCAAUUCUGAUGUUUUUGACAUUAUGUGCUGGUGGACUCACACAAAAGUAUGUGGAGGGCUGGACUUUUACCGAAGGCCUGUACGCAUGGUUUGCUACACUUUCUACCAUCGGGUAUGGUGACUAUGUUCCCAUGUGGAAUUUGCUGAAGGGAAAGGGAAACUCUCUGAAUGGCCUCUGGUUUCUUCUUUACUCGCUAUCUUUGCCAAGUCUGGCGGCUCUCUCAGUAGUUUCUGGUCUACUAAAUUCACUCGUUGAAGCGCUCGCAGAGUUCCGAUUUCACCUUACGGCUUGCUACAAAAAUGUCAAGAACAAAAAGAGGACCUGUCAAGGUCGCCAAGCCGAAUUGAUCCUUAGACGAGUUUUAUUGGAGAGCUACAGAGAAGCGAGGUAUAAGGAGGGCAACAUAAGGCCACGAUCUGCUUCUGUUUAAGCUUUUCUAGUUCGUAUUUCUUACACUCUAAGCAUCAUGAUGUAUGAUUUGGGAAAUGACUGUAAAACAGUAAUUUCUUUGAAUUUCUAGAACGCCUGGUCACGGUGACUUGGAUACUCGAAUUUUCUGAUGUCACA